UAGAUUGUGUUUGCUUUUUUCUUUUUUUUAAAGAUGAUGAUGAUGAUGAUGACGACGACGAUGAUGAUGGUUGUUGAUGAUGAUGAUGGUAAUCGUCGAUGAUGAUGAUGAUGAUGAUGAUGUGAUGAUGAUGAUGAUGAUGGUGGUGGUAAUUGAUGAUGAUGAUGAUGAUGAUGAUGAUGAUGAUAUUAUGAUGAUGAUGAUGAUGAUGAUGGUAAUUGAUGAUGAUGAUGAUGAUGAUGAUGAUGAUGAUGAUGAUGAUGAGAUCCCUCUUGCCGCACCCCGGUCUGGAAAUUUCCAGCCGAAGUUGAAGAAGGCGCGCAUUCGGAAAUCAGCAGUUGAUGCUAAUGCCAAGGAUCCAACGGUGGGUGGCAGCGAUGGACGCUCGCCUGGGGAAACAGGCCCAAGACGUCAAGGGACAGAAGAUGUAGCGGAAGCAGGUGUGAGGUCUCUGCAGAGGAGGCUUGUGAAAGAUGACCCCGGCGCGGGCCCUUCUUCUCAGCACCCUCCGUUGCAAACUGCGGAAGCUUCCAGUAGUAGAGGCAUAGCCAACAAGAGGAGGUCUUCAUGGAAGGGGAGUGGUGGUUCUGCGAAUGUGGACUGCGUUGUGGACGAGGAGGGGACUUUGGGUGAGGUUGGGACUUUGGAUGACGUUGGGAAGGGGGUAAGUGCCGGUCCGGGGAAUGGGAGAUCUGCUGUAGCCCCGCAGCAAUGGGAGGGUGGUGCGGAUGGGCCUUCCAGUGUGGUCCCAUGGGACCAAGGAGGGGAGAAGAAGGCGGAACGGACGGUCACGGAGUUGUUGGCGAAGGCGACGCAUGUGAAAGAAGAUGAACCCCAAACUACUGGUCCUAACGAGCUUGGUCUGCAACCAGGACCUGCAGAGAGACGGUGUGGUCUCGUCGAAGAGAAGAGGGUGGAAAGAAAUGAUGCUGUUUGGUCGGCGAAGGGGAAGCAUGUUAAAGACGGACCUCAAACUUGCAAUCCAGACCAACUUGGUCUGCAAGCAGGACCAUCGGGGAGAGGUUGUAGUCUGGUCACAGAGCAGAAUGUGGAGAGGAAUGAUGAUGCUGUGUCAUCGGGGGAGGGGAUGCAUGUGAAAGAAGAUGAACCCCAAACUGAUAGUCUUGACCAACUUGCUCUGCAACCAGGACCAACAGGGAGAGGCUGUAGUUUGGUCAGAGAGAAAAAGGUGGAAACGAAUGAUGCUGUGUUGUCGGGAAAGGGGAUGGGUCUGAGAGAUGAAGCCCAAAUUACGAGCGGUCAGCAGUUUGCUGCGCAUAGGAAAGAUGAGGCCGAAGCUACGACCGGGAGCCGUUGUCGACUUGAUUUGCAAGUUGGACCAGCAGGAGGGGGAAGCGGUAGUCUGGUCUCACUGAAGGAGAGGCAGGGAGGUGGAGAAAAGGGUGGUGGCCAGAGGAGUGCAGAGUCUGCAGCAGGGGGAGAGAGUGAAGAAGAAGGCCUCCUCAGGGGUGUGAGAGAUGAGCCGCAAGCUAUUAGUGGUAGUCUGCUUUCAUUCAAGGACAGGAAGGGAGAAGAGGGUGACGGCCACAGGAGUGUGGAGUGUGCAGGAGGAGAGCGCGAAGAAGAAUGCCUUCUGAAGGUUGUGAAAGAUAGUAGUCCUGACCAACCUGCUGUGGAAGAUGAAGCAGCCUGUCGUCGGCUGUCAGUCGAGGACAGGCAGGAAGAAGAGGGUGAUGGCCACAGGAAUGCAGAGUCUGCAAGGAGAGAGAGUGAAGAAAAUUUCCUCAGGGGCAACCAGGGGCUGCUGGCAAGGGAUGCGCUUGUGAGUAAUGCGUCCCCCGAAGCCAAUCCUGAUCGGUCUACUGUGGAAGCAGGCGGGGCAGCGUGUGAACCUUUGGUGGUUUGGAAAAGGAGGCAACGGGAGGAACAGGCGGGCGGUGAGGGUAAUGUGGAACCUGCAAGGGGAGAGAGUGAAGAAUGCCUCAGCGGCUACGUGUCAGUAGCAAAUUGCGCGUUAAUGAGUAAUAAUGACCACCAAGCUAGUCCUCACCCAUCUAUCGUGGAAGCAGACUCAGCCUGUGAACUGUUGCUGAUCCUGAAGAAUAGGCAGGGAGGCCUGGAGGGAGGAGAGGGCGGUGGCCUGGAGAAGGAGAAUAGUGAUCGGCUUUUAAAAAAAAAUGAAUUGAAGGCAGGAGGAGGUGAAUCGCUCGUCAAGCUUUUUCUCAAGACGGAAAGGGAUCCCUCGCACGGGUUGGAUGGUGUGGAAGCGCCAGCUGUCAGCAUUGACGGGGUGCCGACAACAGGACCGUCGGAGAUAUGUCCAGAAGAUCAGAUGGAAGAAAGCCAUGAAGAUGACGAUCUUGUGGGAGGUGGAGGACAGGAUACCGGAAAUGAAUGUGAGUCUGGAAAUCGAUGCCACCGGGAAGGAUGUCAUGAGGAUGGGUUGGCGAACAAGUCCUCGAAGGAGGAAGGAAAUACAAUGAUUUGUCGUACGACAAUCAAAUUGGACGCUUUGGAAACAACCCCUCCUGCAUCUGGGAUAUGUCCUUGGAGGCAAGCGGAGGAGAAUAGCAGCGCUAGUUGGAGCGACAACCAGGCUGUUAGAAUGGAGAUGGGUGCGCAGGAUGCUGAUGCAGAAGAAGAGGGUGUGUCCUUUGGCAUGAAAGAUGGUCAUGCAGCUAUGGCAGGUCAAACGCAUGACGGAAGAGACCCUGGUGAGAAGAAGGUGUGUCGCGGGGAAGAGAAAAGUCAAGAUUCCCUUCUUGAAACAGAGGCAAACAUACCAGUAGAGAAGGAGAAGAGAUGUAGCAAUCUAAACGGAACCUUUCCUAUUGUUAAGAGACAGAAGAUCCCUUCUCCUAGAAAAGAGGAAGGGGCAAGGGCUCCCCCUCUAGGGAGUGAGGGAGAGAGUACUUGUCCUCUUAUGCUAGAUUCCUUGGAUGUCAGAGAAGCUGCCGGCGUGCAUGCACGCAAGCCUGUAGACGUGACUGUGACUGUAAAUGAUCCACGUGGGAUGCCAUUCGAGACACAGCAUGCACCGUCUGGUUCUAUCCCAGCGACCGGAAUGCUGGAAGAGAGGAGGAGCUUCAGGGCGAAUUUGGAAACAGAGGUCAUAGAGAUCAGGAGUGCAUGUCCCCUUGCCAAAGAGUCGGUGGAUGUCGAAGGAGCUGCUGGCCAGCAUGCACGCAAGUCUGAGGAGGAGGAUGUAAGGCCUCCACGUGGCAUGAGAAUAGAGGCACAGAAUGCAGGCUCUGGUUCUCUGCCAAUGACUGAGCUGCAGCAAGCACAACGGAACUUUCAUGCCAUGUUGGAAAUGAAGAUCAAAGAUAUUAGAAGUACUUGUCCCCUUGCCGAAGAACCGGAGGAUGUGGACGGAGCUGCUCACCAGCGUGCGCGCAAGUCUGAGGAGGAGGAUGUAAGGGCUCCAUGUGGCAUGAGAAUAGAGGUACAGAAUGCAGGCUCUGGUUCUCUGCCAAUGACUGAGCUGCAGCAAGAACAACGGAACUUCCAUGCCACAUUGGAAAUGAAGAUCAAAGCUAUUAGCAGUACUUGUCCCCUUGCCGAAGAACCUGAGGAUGUGGAAGAAGCUGCUCGCCAGCGUGCACGCAAGUCUGAGGAGGAGGAUGUAAGGGCUCCGUGUGGCAUGAGAAUAGAGUCAGAGGAUGCAAGCUCUGGUUCUCUUCCAUCGACUGAGCUGCAGGAAGAAAGAAGGGACUUCUGGGUUAAAGAAUCAGAAGUCAAAGGGAUUAGGAGUACUUGUUCCUUUGAUGAAGAGCCCAUGGGUGUCGAGGAAGCUCCCGAGGAGCUGGUUGUCAAAUUGGGGGAUAGACAGGCUCUUCCACAGGAUGAUGUGAAGACAGCGGAAGAGACCACAGGUACUGGACUUGUAAUCCUGUCGGCGGUCCAUGAAAAGGGAGGAGAGAAACUGGAUGCAGAAGUUGAAGAGGGGAGCAGUAGAAGAGUGAUGUUUGAUGGAGAGGUUGAGAAAGGAUGGAGUGGAGGAGAGAAAGUGGACGCAGAUGUUGAAGAGGGAAGGAGUAGAGGAGAGAACCUUGACGCAAAUCUUGAAGAAGGUAGGAGUCAAGGAGAGAAAGAGGAUGCAGAGGUUGAAGACGGCAGCGGUCGGCAAGUGUCACUGGGCACAGAAGCUGAAGAGGGAAGAAGCCGAGAGGGAAGGGGUCGAGGAGACAAACUUGACACAGAUGUGGAAGAAAGCAUGAGUCGAGGAGAGAAACAGGACACAGGGGUUGGAGAGGGCAGCAGUAGAGGAGUGAUGCUGAAUGCAGAAAGGAGCCGAGGAGUGAAAGCUGACACAGACGACGAAGAGGGAAGGAGUCAAGGAGUGAAAUUGGGCACAGACGAUGAAGAGGGAAGGGAACAGGGAGGGAAAGCUGACACCGAUGACAAGGAGCGAAGGAGUCGAGGAGAGAAACUGGGCGCAGAGGUUGAUAGCCGCACAGCACAUGAUCAUCAGCUUGGUGCGGCUGUGAACAAGAGUUGCUGUGAAAUUGAUGGGCAUCCUGAAGCUGUUGUGGGUGGCAGUCUUGGUUCACAUCUUGAGAAGGAUGACGAGGAAUUAGAGGAUAUUGACCUUUGUGGGGUGAUGGAUUGGCAACCUUUAGUGGUAAACCAGAUAGAGCGCAGACCUGCAGCUUAUCAGAUGCAGUGGGAACCUGUACGGGAGGACACAGAGGAUGACAGUCUUGAAUCACGUCUCGAGAGCGAUGAGGAGGGUUCAGGAGAGGAUGUUGACCUUUGUUGUCAGAUUGAGGAGGGGACAUCUGCAGCGGAUGAGAUGGAGUGCAAACCCAUAGCAGAGGACACAAACGCUUCUCCAUGGGAAGAUGAAGGACACACUCCUCCUAAAUGUGAUGCGUUGACUGGUGGUCUACAGGCCACCAAGGGUGAAGGAAAGACUCCUCCUUUUGAAUGCGACAUCCUGGGUAGUGAUGGACAGACUGCCAAGGGCAUAGCGAGCAGUCCUCGUCGAUGCUACGAGCUCACUUUUGAUAGACAGGCGAACCCCAAGGGGGGCAGCUGCCCUCGCGGUGGUGCUUCACCAGUAAAGUUGCAGGGGGUUGCUAACAUGGGUGCUGAGAGAUCGAGAUGGGGGCGAAGUGCUUUGCCUGCCAGGGAGGGGGAGCGGAUAGUGGAAGAGGCUGGCCAUAUGGGAGUGCCAGAAGAUUUUGACCUUUGUGGUCAGAUGGAAGGGACGUCUGCAGCGGAUGAGAUGGAAUGCAAACCCAUAACAGAGGACACAAACACUUCUCCAUGGGAAUAUGAAGGACACACUCCUAAAUGUGAUGUGUUGACCGGUGGUCGACAGGUCACCAAGGGUGAAGGAAAUACUCCUCCUUUUGAAUGCGACAUCCUGGGUAGUGAUGGACAGACUGCCAAGGGCAUAACGAGCAGUCCUCGUGGAUGCUACGAGCUCGCCUUUGAUAGACAGGCGAACCCCAAGGGGGGCAGCAGCCCUCGCAGUGAUGCUUCACCAGUAAAGUUGCAGGGGGUUGCUAACAUGGGUGCUGAAAGAUGGAGAUGGGGGGGCAGUGCUAUGCCUGCCAGGGAGGGGGAGCGGAUAGUCAGUCAUGACGCCCUUCCCAAUCAGGAAGUACAGCAUGACGAUCAAACAGCUGUAGCAGUGGAAGAGGCUGGCCAUAUGGGAGUGCCAGAAGAUUUUGACCUUUGUGGUCAGAUGGAGGGGACAUCUGCAGCGGAUGAGAUGGAAUGCAAACCCAUAACAGAGGACACAAACGCUUCUCCAUGGGAAGAUGAAGGACACACUCCUCCUAAAUGUGAUGUGUUGACUGGUGGUCGACAGGCCACCAAGGGUGAAGGAAAGACUCCUUUUGAAUGCGACAUCCUAGGUAGUGAUGGACAGACUGCCAAGGGCGUAAGGAGCAGUCCUCGUCCAUGCUACGAGCUCGCUUUUGAUAGACAGGCGAACCCCAAGGGGGGCAGAAGCCCUCACGGUGAUGCUUCACCAAUAAAUUUGCAGGGGGUUGCCGAAAGAUCGAGAUGGGGGGGAAGUGCUUUGCCUGCCAGGGAGGGGGAGCGAAUAGUCAGUCAUGACGCCCUUCCCGAUCAGGAAGUACAGCAUGACAAUCAAACAAUCGUAGCAGUGGAAGAGGCUGGCCAUAUGGGAGUGCCAGAAGAUGUUGACCUGUGUGGUCAGACGGAGUGGACACCUGCAGCAGACAAGAUGGAAUCCAAACCCAUAGCAGAGAACACAGAAGCUUCUCCAUGGGAAGAUGAAGGACACACUGCUUCUGAAUGUCAUCUGUUGACUGGUGAUCAAUCGGCCACAAAGAGUGAAGGAAAGACUCCUCCUUUUGAAUGUGGCAUGCUGGGUAGUGAUGGGCAGACUGCCAAUGGCGUAGGGAGCACUCCUCGUCGAUGCGACGAGCUCGCUUUUGAUAGACAGGCAAACCCCAAGGGGGGCAGCAGCCCUUGCGGUGAUGCUUCACCAAUAAAGUUGCAGGGGGUUGCUAACACGGGUGCUGAAAGAUCGAGAUGCGCGGGAAGUGCUUUGCCUGCCGUGGAGGGGGAGUGGAUAGUCAGUCAUGACGCCCUUCCCAAUCAGGAAGUACAGCAUGAUGAUCAAACAAUCGUAGCAGUGGAAGAGGCUGGCCAUAUGGGAGUGCCAGAAGAUGUCGACCUGUGUGGUCAGAUGGAGUGGACACCUGUAGCGGAUGACAUGGAAUGCAAAGCCAUAGCAGAGGACACAAAGGCUUCUCGAUGGGAAGAUGAAGGACACACUCCUCCUGAAUGUGAUGUGUUGACUGGUGCUCAACAGGCCACCAAUGGUGAAGGAAAGACUCCUCCUUUUGAAUGCUACAUGCUGGGCAGUGAUGGACAGACUGCCAACGGCGGAGGGAGCAUGCGUCCGUGCGACGAGCUCGCUACUGAUAGACAGGCGAACCCGAAGGGGGUUAGCAGGCCUCUCGGUGAUGCUUCACCAAUGAAGUUGGGGGGGGUUGCUAACACGGGUGCUGAAAGAUUGAAAUGGGGGGAAAGUGCUUUGCCCGCCAUGGAGGGGAAGCGGAUAGUCAGUCAUGGCAGCCUUCCUGAUCAGGAAGUACAGCACGUCGGUCAAACAAUCGUAGCAGUGGAACAGGCUGGCCACACGGGAGUGGCAGAGGGGCUGCUGAAGGCUGUGACGAGUGUUGAACAGGAGACCGCCAAUGCUGACAUAGCUUCUGAUGGACAUCUGCAAAAUGCCAUCGAAGAGAGAGUGGCUGACAUGGAGGGUGAGGUUGGAACAGUAUCUGACGAAGAAACUGAGCAGGGGAGGUGUACUGUUGUGGACAGUCAAUUGCAGAUUGAUCAGAUGAAUGGGGACGUUCCCUCUGUGGAAGUUCAUACAGAUGUUGAUAAGGAGGGGAGGGAUGCUGUUGUGGACAGUCAAUUGCAGAUUGAUGGGACAAAUCGGGACAUGGCCUCUGUGCAAGUUCAUGCAGUCGUCGACGAAGAGGGAAGGUGUGCUUCUGCGGACAGUCAAUUGCAGAUUGAGCGCAUCAAUGGGGACGUGUGCCCUGUGCAAGUUUAUUCAGCGGUCGGCAAGGAGGGGAGGUGUUCUUCUGUGGACAGUCAAUCGCAGAUUGAUCGGUUGAAUAGGGACAUGUCUCCUGUGCAAGUUCAUUUGGCGGUCGGUGAGAAGGGGAUUUGUCCUUCUGUGGACAGUCAAUUGCAGAUUGGUCGCAGGAAUGGGGAUGUUCCUUCUGUGCAAGUUCAUGCAGCAGUCGACGGGGACAAGAGGUGUACUUCUAUCGACAGUCAAUUGCAGGUUGAGCGGAUUAAUGCAGACGUUCCCUCUGUGCAAGCCCAUGUAGCAGUCGACAAGGAGGGGAGGUGUGCUUCUGUGGACAGGCAAUUGCAGAUUGAUCGGAUGGAUGGGGACGUGACUCCUGCACAAGUUCAUGCAGGCGUCAGCGAGGAGGAGAGGCGUGGCUCUGUGGACAGUAGAGUGCAGAUUGAUCGGAUGAACGUGGGCAUUCCCUCUGCGCAAGCUCAUGCUGUGGUUGAUGAGGGGAGGUGUGCUUCUGUGGACAGUCAAUUGCAGAUUGAUUGGAUGGGUGGGGACGUGCCUUCCAUGCACGUUUACGCAGUGGUUGACGGGGAGGGGAAGUGUGCUUCUGCGGACAGUCAAUUGCAGAUUGGAAGGAUGAAUGGGUCUGGACAAGUUCAUGCAGCGGUUGAGGAGGUGGGGAGGUGUGCUUCUGAGGACAGUGAAUUGCAGAUUGAUCAGAUGGGCGGGGAGUUGCCUCCCGCACAAGUUCUUGCAGCUGUUGACGUGCAAGGGAGGUGUGAUUCUGUGGACAGUCAAUUGCAGAUUGAUUGGAUGGGUGGUGACGUGCCUCCCAUGCACGUUCAUGCAGUGGUUGAUGAGGAGGUGAGGUGUGCUUCUGUGGACAGUCUAUUGCAGAUUGCUCGGAUGGGUGGAGACGUGGCUCCCACACAAGUUCAUGCAGCCGUUGAUGUGGAGGGGAGGUGUGCUUCUCUAGACAGUCAGCUGCAGAUUGAUCGGAUGGAUGGGGAUGUCACUCCUGAACAAGUUCAUGCAGCAGUCAACAAGGACGGUAGGUGUGCCUCUCUGGACGGUCAAUUGCAGAUUGAUCGGAUGAAUGGGGACAUGGCUCCUGCACAGGGGACGCGUGCCUCCGUGGACAGUCAAUUGCAGAUUGAUCGGUCAAAUGGGGAGGUUCCUUCUGCGCAAGUUCAUGCCGCCGGGGGCGUUCCUUCUGCGCAAGUUCAUGCAGCGAUCGACGAGGAGGGGAGGUGUGCUUCCGUGGACAGUCAAUUGCAGAUUGAUCGGAUGGGUGGGGACAUGGCUCCCACGCAAGUUCAUGCAGCCGUUGAUGUGGAGGGGAGGUGUGCUUCUGUAGACAGUCAGCUGCCGAUUGAUCGGAUGGAUGGGGACGUGACUCCUGAACAAGUUCAUGCGGCAGUCAGUGAGGAGGGGACGUGUGCCUCUGUGCACAGUCAAGCGCAAAUUGAUCGGUUGAGUGGGGAGGUUCCUUCUGUGCAAGUUGAUGCAGCCACAGGCGUUCCUUCUGCACAAGUUCAUGCAGCGGUCAAUGAGGAGGGGAGAUGUGCUUCCGUGGACAGUCAAUUGCAGAUUGAUCGGAUCUGCAGGGACGUGCCUCCCGCCCAAGUUCAUGCAACCAUUGACAUGGAAGGAAGGUGUGCUUCUGUAGACAGUCAAUUAAAGAUUGAUCACAUGAAUGGGGACAUGCCUCCUGCGGACAAUCAUGCAGUGGUUGGUGAGGAGGGAACGUGUGCUUCUGUGGACAGUCAAUCGCAGAUUGAUCGAAUGAAUGGGGAUGUAUGCACUGCAUAUCUUAAUGCCGCCGUUGAUGAAGGACAGAUAUGUGAUGGGGAUUUGAUCAAGUCAACAGCUGAAGCAGUUGAUGAUCGCAAGGAGGACAAGAAUGGGGAAGGAAGAGUAACAAAGAGAGAAGAGACAGUCUCCACUCCUGCAGUUUUCACUGCUGCAGUGUCGACUGUUGUGGUUUCCACUGCUGCAGUGUCCACUGUUGCGGUUUCCACUGCUGCAGUUUCCACUGCUCCAGUUUCGGCUGCUGCAGUUUCCACUGCUGCAGUUUUCAGUACAGCACUAGCACUGAUGUCGAUGGAACAAGACACCGGGGCACUGCCACGACACAGUGCCAGGCUUGCAGGGCGUGCCCGCUCUGUGAUACCUCUCCGACGCAGGACUCAGCGACUCAGCAGCGGGACGACUCCAGCGGCAUCGAGUACAGCAUUGACGGUACCGGGUACCACUAAAGUUCUUCCCGCAUGCCCGGUCCAAGGGGCCGGUGAGCCGUUGGCAGAUUACCUUCAGCGGGUACAGGCAUUCACAGAUGCCGUAGCAACCGCAAAGGCACAGGAGGAAGCAGAGGCGGAACGUCAACGGCUGGCCAAAGAGGCGGCAGCCCAAGCUCAGCAGACUGCUGAGGAUGACGCAGCAGCACGGGACCAACGGAAUGCCGCCAGCACGGAAUCCCUGAUUCAUAAUGAGAAUCAGUGGACAACGAUCCUCGAGGGCAUGAUCUUUGUGCCUUCGGAAGAGCAGGCAGAUCCGACACCGGCGGAGGCAAAGAGGACUCACCUGGCUCACGUGAUGUUGACAAUGAUGCGAGCGAUCAUGUGGAACAAUAGGAUGUUAGCAAUACAAAUACACGAAGGCAGACAGCUGCAACAGAUUCAGCAGAAGGAUUAUGCAGCCUUGUCAGCAGCUGUUCGCACUACCGCCACACAUCAGCAACAACAGCAACAGUUGUGGAACACCACCACCGCACGCGUCAGCAGCAUCGAGGCUAAGGCCGCAGCAUCGCCAGGCUGCACGACAGACGAGACGAAGCAACUCAACGGGCGCAUCGAUCACGUCGUCAAGCUCAUCGGCGACAUAGGUGUUUUCAAUGGGCCGGACACGAUCAGUAGCACGGCAGCCGCCAUCAAGAUGGACAUCACCAAGCUACAGACGAGACCGGACGCCGCGACGAAGAGUUACAAGAUGCCACACUUCGACAUCAGCAAGUUCGACGACCACAACAAGGCGGACGCCUUGGCAUGGUGGCAACGUUUCCUUACGGAAGCAUCCUGCCGCACUGUCCCAGACGACUACAUGAUGAAGGCGCUAUACUUACAGCUGAUUGGAGGAGCGCAGGCAUGGAUGAACCACCUGGCGGCUACCCACACAUGCACCAUCGCCGAACUUCACACGCACAUCACGUAGAAGGAGUUCGAGCAGCUAUGGUUCACCCGGUUCAUGGUCCGCAACGUCGUGAAGGCUCUCAAGGAAGUAUGCCAACUCGAGACU